AAAAUCUAUUUUACUGUGACUAAAACCCUCAUCACCAUUUAAAAUCUGGAUAUUAAAUGUUAUUUAUCUCCAAUAGCCUGAUAAAUCAAAAAAAUCCAUUUCUUCAAUGAGUAUAAAAUUUAUAUUGUAUUGUUUGAACCAAAGUGGACCAAAAAAUGAUUGUCAAAGAUUUUCUAAUCUCAAUUUGUAUCUUCUACACAACUGAGGUUUCUGCCGAAAAUUAUGACCGAUAUCCAAAUUUAGAAGAUUUUCCAAAAGUAAAUAUCAAUCAAACACUAGUAUAUCUGCAAGAAGAUCCAAUUUUUUUUACUCGUUUAUUCUCGGAUGUGUUCAGAAACAUUGAGCCCUUCGUUAGAGGUCUAAUGGGCUAUAAUAGAUUGAAAAUUGGUGAACUGGUCAAUGAAACACUACACAGUAUUGUAAAUAUAACAAAUGGUACUUCAUUGAAUAGGAGAAGAAGCCGAUGCAUUGAUGAGAAUAAAAAAAUUCUACUCCUCGUUUAUCAGAGUGCUGUAUCCGAUUGGCAGUGUAUGAAAAUCCACGUGGUGAAGUUUUUUGACAUAAUUGUGGCUCUUUGGCAAACGCUUUUCAGUUUUACCAUCAUACAUGAUACAGAGUGCUGGUUUCUACCUUUCUGUGUGCUCACCAAAGGUUUCGAUGCUGCAAAACUCUCUGCCGAGAUGGUGGCGCAUGGUGCUUCUAUAAUAAAGUUUGGUGCUGAUUUUGUGCUGCAUACAAGGUUUUGUCAAAAAAAUAUUUCCCCUUUCGUGAAAAUUUCUACAGUGAUCCUAGAGAACAUCAAAAUUUGUACUGUUAUUCCAUAAGAAUGCUUUCCUAAUAAGCAUGGAGAAAGUGACAAAAUUGGUCUGUACAUGCACUUAAAUAUUUUCGAUCCAUAACCUGAAACUCAAAUAUGCUAAAUCAAAUUAACUAAAUUGCAUGAAAAAACAAAUAAAACAAUUUUUUGGAUGCUUGCCUUUUU